UUAGGGUUUUAGGGUUCCGCCUAUAAAACGGGACAUCAUCACGUUCCGCCUUCUUGCGUUUCUUCCCUGCAUCAGUGCUCUCGCUACUUGAGGAGAAGCGGACAGAGCCAUGGUGCACGUUAAUUUCUACAGAAACUAUGGGAAGACUUUUAAGAAGCCACGUCGUCCUUAUGAGAAGGAACGUCUGGAUGCAGAGCUGAAGCUUGUUGGAGAGUAUGGGCUUCGUUGUAAGAGGGAGUUGUGGAGGGUGCAGUAUGCACUGAGCCGUAUCCGUAAUGCUGCAAGAAUGCUUCUUACCCUGGAUGAGAAAAAUACACGCCGUAUCUUUGAGGGUGAAGCUCUUCUUCGCAGGAUGAACAGAUUUGGGCUCCUGGAUGAAAGUCAAAACAAGCUUGAUUAUGUCUUGGCCCUUACUGUUGAGAACUUCCUUGAGCGCCGCCUUCAAACACUUGUGUUCAAGUCUGGCAUGGCAAAGUCAAUUCACCAUGCCCGUGUGCUCAUUAGGCAACGGCAUAUCAGGGUGGGGAGACAGGUUGUCAACAUACCAUCUUUCAUGGUCAGGGUUGAUUCCCAGAAGCACAUUGACUUCUCUUUGACAAGUCCAUUUGGAGGUGGCCGCGCAGGUAGAGUGAAGCGAAAGAACAUGAAGGCUGCUGCCAAGAAAGCUGCGGGAGGAGACGGUGAUGAAGAGGAUGAGGAAUAAACAUGAAGGCUACUGCCAAUCAAACAUGAGGCUAGUAACAACAGGCCUAGCAAAACAUGGUUUUAUUUUAGGCUUGCUAUCACUAGAACAAGUUUUUUUGUUUGGUUUUGUGGUGACUGCCAUUUUAAUUUUGUAGUGGAUAUUAUCACAUAUCAUGUCUGUUUUUUAUGGAUUUGGAUUAGAACUCUGCUGUUUGGGCCAAGUAUGCUACCUAUUGUUGAUGACAUUUGAUUUCUGUAAGAAAAACCCAUGCAUUCUUUGUCGUGA